AUGUCUUCCAGGCGACCAGUCUAUUUCAACCCCGCGGCUGCGUGCGAGCGCAUCAGUCCCGCACUUACCGAUGGUCUUGAUCAGUUCCAUCGCUCGCUCCCCAACUAUGCGCCGACUCCGCUGGUGCCUUUGCCGGAUCUUGCGGCUGAACUUGGCGUCAGGACUAUUUUGGUGAAAGACGAGAGCAACCGGUUCGGGUUGCCGUCUUUCAAGGCUCUCGGCUCGUCAUGGGGAUGCUUUCGGGCCAUCACUCGACACCUCGGACUGCCCUCAACUCUCGGUUUAGAGGAUCUAUCCGUUCAGGCCAAGCAGAGUGGUAUUUCUCUGACUGCCGCGACGAAGGGUAAUCAUGGACGGGCCGUUGCAUUCAUGGCCCGAAGUCUGGGGAUAACGGCACGGAUCUUUGUUCCGCAGAGUAUGGACGAGUCUACGCGCAGUCUCAUUGCAGGAGAGGGGGCCCAGGUGGUUGUUGUGGCCGGCGACUACGAUCAGGCAGUGCAGGAGGCAUCAGAUGCUGCGCAGGAAACGGCCGGCGCGCUUCUGAUCCAGGACACGGCAUUUGAGGGGUACGAGGAUGUCCCGGCGUGGAUUGUGGAGGGUUAUUCAACAAUGAUGGCCGAGAUUGACGCCCAACUUGCCCAGCUUGGUUUGUUGGGUAGUGUGAUGGUGACUCCGGCUGGUGUGGGCAGUCUUGCGCAUGCAGUCGCGAAGCACUGCAAGGCACAGGAAUCGCCUCUGUCGGUUGUUGUGGGUGAGGCUGAUUCUGCUCCGUGUCUACAUUCGAGUUUGAAUGCUGGCAGGCCAGUGACUGUGCGGACCUCAUCGACUAUCAUGGAUGGGAUGAACUGCGGUACGGUCUCUACUACUGCAUGGCCAGAUUUGCAGCGACUGGUUGAUGCCUGCGUCACGGUAUCCUCUUACGAAAGCCACUGUGCUGUACAAUAUCUUACCACAAAUUCAGUACCAGCUGGCCCCUGUGGAGGUGCCUCGGUGGCUGCUUUACGCCGUCUUGCUGCCACGAAGCAGGGCUCAUCGAUCCUGAGCAAAGAUUCCGUCGUGGUCCUUCUUAGCACUGAAGGCACGCGUGAAUACCCAGUUCCCCAGGACGUGGCCAUGGAGAAUGCAGUAGAGUUGACGCAGGCACUCACCCGGAUCAACUCCUCUAACCCGACAUUAUCGGUGGCUGAUGGUGUGGGCGAAAGUCAAAUAGCCGAUUACCUGGCUGCGUGGUUUGCUCACCGGGAUAUCGACUGCCACCGCAUUGAGCCGGUUGCUGGACGCCCCUCGAUUGUUGGGGUUCUGCGCGGCAAAGGAGGGGGCAAUCGCUAA